UGGCCGGUCACGCCUUGGACGAGUGCCUCGCCCCUUCCUAACUCCACCCCACUCCGCCAGCCCUACUCCUGGCAGAAUCCACUUUUCCUUGUCUGGGCUCCUCGACCCUAUCUUGGAACCUCGCAGACGCUCGGAUCUUCGGGGCUCGUUCUCGUCCUCCGGCACUAGGUCCAGAAGCCUCCCGAGGGCGGGGACCUUGGCUCGGCCCGCGCUGGGCCUGACACUUGGGGAAGGGAGCAAGAAGGCUCACUUUGUGCUCAACAUUGCUUGAAUAAUCUAUUGCAAGGAGAAUAUUUUAGCCCUGUGGAAUUAUCUUCAAUUGCACAUCAGCUAGAUGAAGAAGAGAGGAUGAGAAUGGCAGAAGGAGGAGUUACUAGUGAAGACUAUCGCACAUUUUUACAGCAGCCUUCUGGAAAUAUGGAUGACAGUGGUUUUUUCUCUAUUCAAGUUAUAAGCAAUGCCUUGAAAGUUUGGGGUUUAGAACUAAUUCUCUUCAACAGUCCGGAGUAUCAGAGGCUCAGGAUCGAUCCCAUAAAUGAAAGAUCAUUUAUAUGCAAUUACAAAGAACACUGGUUUACAGUUAGAAAAUUAGGGAAACAGUGGUUCAACUUGAAUUCUCUCUUGACGGGUCCAGAAUUAAUAUCAGACACAUACCUUGCACUUUUCCUAGCUCAAUUACAACAGGAAGGUUAUUCUAUAUUUGUUGUUAAGGGUGAUCUGCCAGAUUGUGAAGCUGACCAACUUCUACAGAUGAUCAGGGUCCAACAGAUGCAGAGACCAAAACUUAUUGGAGAAGAAUUAGCACAACUAAAAGAACAGAGAGUCCAGAAAACAGAUCUGGAACGAGUCUUAGAAGCAAACGAUGGAUCAGGCAUGUUAGAUGAAGAUGAAGAAGAUUUGCAGAGGGCUCUGGCACUAAGUCGCCAAGAAAUUGACAUGGAAGAUGAAGAAGCAGAUCUCCGCAGGGCUAUUCAGCUCAGUAUGCAAGGGAGUUCCAGAAGUAUAUCUCAAGAUACUCCACAGACAUCAGGUAUACAUCUUACUUCAGAAGAGCUACGGAAGAGAAGAGAAGCCUACUUUGAAAAGCGGCAGCAGCAACAACAGCAGCAGCAGCAGCAACAGGAUCCACUAGGACAGCUCUCACAUCUGUGUGAGAGGCCCACCACAAGUUCAGAAGCACUGGGCAGUGAUCCAGGAGAUGUUAUGAGUGAAGAAGACAUGCUUCAGGCAGCCGUGACCAUGUCUUUAGAAACUGUUAGAAAUAAUUUCAAAACAGAAGGGAAAAAUUAAUACCUUUUACAAAUCAUUUAGAUGUUCUUACUUUCCAACAUUAUUAUCUGUGUGGUUAUAGCACAGAGGGUCCAUUUUAGUCAUGUGUCAAACAAUGUUCAACAGAGGAGAUUAGACUUUUAGGUGGUUUGCAACAAAAAGAGUGGAAAAAUGCAUCAGCUGUAGGACUAAAUAGUGAUCCUCCAAACACUAGCCAAAGAGGCAUUUAGAGAUUAAAGAAGUUUAAAAUAGUUUUCCUUUUUCUUUUUGAGUGUGCAAUAUCUAACAUGUCUAAAAUUAGGGCAUUUUUCAUGGAUCUUUUUGCAGACCAACUAAUUAGCUCUUGCCACAGCACUAUUUCCAUACAUGUUCUUCUCAUCGUUUCUGUUCAGGUCAUUUGACUCACUUUCCAUCAUCUCAUAGUUGCUUCUCUUAUUAACCAAGUUAACCUUUUAGGACAGCGUCUCUUCUCUGUGUUGAUAGUAGUAAUGAUUCCAGAAGGAUUCGCUGCUUUCACUCCAAUUAUUUAGCGAGCCCUUGAAUGUUUCCUCAUGUUAUUUCCCCAAUCACAAUGUCUUUGCUACUCUGUUUCCUUGCUUUUCUAUAUAUAGCUCUUUUGAAAGAUGGUAAUCUUUAUUGAGGCUUUGCUUUUUAAGCCCUCUAAGAUAAGACCAUUAGUUCUUGAUUCUGGUGCAUUCCUAAACUCUGAAAUCAACUCUGCACAAGUAUUUGAGAAUAAAUGAGAAUUUUUUUGAUGCGUGAGCACAUCCUUUUCCAGAUGCUUUACGAAUGUCUUCUCAAUUAUGUUAGACAGUCACAGCUCCACUGGGACCUUUUCUACUGCACCUUGAUAUUUCCUUUUCUCCAGUUGAGAAAAAUAGGAGAAGCACAGUAUGCAAGUAAGUUUCCUUCUGUUUAAGACUUAACAAAUAAUACCCACCAUGAAUGUAUGAGAGGCAAAAUUUGGCUUUCAAUUUAAUGGCAGUGUCAUUUUAUUCUCUCUUGUGACUGGAGCUCUCUUUACGGCGGAGCCACAGAACAUAGAUGUCGGCCUCUGCUGCACAUCCUGUAAUAGGUAUAGCUUGCCAGAGAUGAUGAUCUGGAACAUGAAAAUAAUCUAACAAAAAUACAUUUACAUUUAUACUAUGAUUUGACCCUCGUAUCAUGUUUAAAUAGCUUAAGAAUUACAGAAGUCACAUAGUACUUAAUGGGUCUGUAAAUAAGAGUUUAGUUUUGAUACACAUUCUUUAAUUGGGAUGCACAGAGUUUUUUGCUGGGUCAAUACAGUGGUAUGGUUUUGGUGAAAAUUAACUAUGUAUGUCUCUCUGAAAUGGACAUUUCGGGUCUGUCACUUAUUCCCCCAUUCUCCAUCCCCUUUGAAGCCCUUUGGGAUGUUGAAUUGUUCAGAAGCUAAAAGAGGAAAUUUCAGCCGACAACAUAGAAUAAGAAAGUAUAUGUUGCCAUGACUAGUGUAUGGCUGUACACAUUUUAUCAGGGAAAUUUUUUUGACCUAGGACUUAUUACUGAAUUUAAAAGAGAUGAAAAAAUGCCUUUUAUGAUUAUGAAAUAGCUUUUUUUUUUUUGGGGGGGGGGAAUAGAGACAGAUUUUUUUAGUCAUUAUUUUGUGCCAAAAUACAGUUUUCUGAAGUUUCCUGUGCAAAAGUAGACCAUUUCACUUUAAAAUCUAAAGUUUUCUUUUGAGAAUUGAAAGUAUUUCGGAAGAGUUAUAAAACUUUAGAAUUGCAAGGGAUGUUGGAGUAUAGUACUGCUCCCUCAAGAUUUAUAAACCAAAAUAUUUUAAGAUUGAACAUUUGUGUAAUUAUCCCCAAUAUGCUUAUCCUAUUUUCCAUGGAUAUUAUUGGCUUUUACCUUGUCUCAUUGAAACAUUGCAUUAAACUUUUCAUACACUUGAAUGGAUAAGCUACCUAAUAUAAAAAUAAGAAAUAUGCUUUUGAACUCUUAACCUCAGAGUUUAUAAAGUUCUUAUAUUACAGCCUUUAUUAAAGCACUUAAGGAAAUAUGGCAUGUUGGCCUUCAUUUAGGCUGUUUUUGUUUUUAACAGCAGAGCUGAGCACACACUGGAUACAUUUGAAUGUGUUUAUUUACUUCCUUAUGAAUGUUGCAUUUGGCAGGAAGAUCCAGAAUGACUAGGGAACUGCCAACUUGUUUGGAUUGGCUUAAACUUAAUUUAGACUCCAUUCCUUAAUCGGCCAGUAUGAAGAGAUGCCAAUGCUCAUAACUACAGUAUCAGAAAACUUAGUGUGGUUCACACAUCAGGAACUUUUUUUUACUGUAAACAACCUCAAGAAAGUCCGAAACAAUUAAAUUCACAAUAACUGUCCUGCUAAGAGCUCUAUAUUAAGAUUUCCAUUCUGUUUUACCAAUUGGGAACACCUUGAUGUUUAAUAUUUAAACUAUUGGUAUCAUUUUUCUAAUGUAUAAAUUGCAUUACCAGGAUAAAAUAUGAACAGUGGUGAUUCUAGUGUUGAAACAAGUUUUGGAAACACUGCUUUCAUAUUUUGAGAUGUCAUGGAUAUAGUAAGUUAUAUUUUAAAAAUUCACAGUAGUUAAAUUCACAGUUAACCUGAUCAAUAAACAUUUUUAUAAUAAUUAACAUACAAAUAUUUCAGUAAUGUAAAUUGUUCAAAAAGAUGCUGCAGGUUAUAUUUUAAAAUCUUGGUCAAAUAAUUUACAAUUCACAGAAAAUUUAAGGAGGUGCUUUUUUUCUUUAAAACUUGAUUUUUCUUAAUUAAGACUUUAUUCAUGCCAAAGUUAAUAAGGAAAAAAGCUCAACACUGGUUGGAGAUCAUUAUAGGUAAAACUACCAAUAGUCUGGGUUUUUCCAUUUAAUAUUAACUUGAAUAAAGUAAAUUUUAUUCCAUUCAGAGCCUAAAUCACAUAUUUAAUGUCUGCAUGUUUGAUAUUCUUUUUAAAUAGUAUCAUACUAGUGCCAAGAUUUAUUAAAUGUCUUAAAUUGGUCCAUUGGGCCCAUGCAAAUUCAAAUUUUGAGUCAGUACAUAAGCAAAAUACAGUAAUAGAAAUUAAAAUAUCUCCAGUUGAAAUAAAUCUCUAUGUUUUUAAAUUCUCAAGAAGAUUCAGUAAUGAAUUUUGAUGACUUCUAUUAAAAACUUUAUUUGCAACUGGAGAGCCCAAUGACCUCUACUCUGAAAGUAAAUAGUUUGUUGUAUCUGGGCACUAACAAGUAUGGAGAUAUUACAUGUGUGAUCUUAAUUAAGAAAAACCAGAUUGGAUCAACUAGUCAUUUCAGCAGUGUCAAUAAUUUUUCAUAUCUUAAGAGAAAAAUUUUCCUUUUAUCCUGGACCCUUUAUGAACCAGCAUCUUUUGCUAAAGAGAUGAACUGGCUUGUAUUUUUUAAAGUCUUCCAUUAGCAAAAAUAUUUUGUUCCGUUUUGCUUCUAUGAACGAAAAUAUUAUUGACAUCGUUAAUUCUUGAAUUUUGAUGUUUUUUUAUUUGAAGAAAAUCUUUGCUAUUUUUGCCCAACGUGUCCUGGUAUUUUGAGAAUUAAUGCUAGUUCAUAAUUUUUAAUCUUACAGUAAUUGGCAUAUUAACAAUAGUGCGUAAGUAAAUAUUUUAAGACUAUGGAUUCAUAGACAAGGAUGGGAAGCAAUAGAGAAAUAUAUAUGAAAAUUCCUGAUUCAUUUAGGAAGCACUUCACCUGUUUUUUGCAUAGUUCAAGUGAAGAAUGUCUCCAGGAAUUAAAAAAAAAUUUUUUUUAAGAGAAAAACAUACAUUUGAAUGUGAAAAAUUAUCUAAUUUCUACAACACUGGACUACCAGAAAAAGAACUUUGUAAAAAUUAUUGUUGUGUACAAACUAUUUGAAAUUCAAGUACAAAAAACACCUGAUAAAGUAUGGUCUUUUGGCCGUGACUACAAUGCACCGUGGCAAUGCCAUUUGCUCAGGACCCAGCACUGCAGCCCUGUGUGCGCCUGGCUUGAAGUUGUGUUGCGGUUAUACUACACACACAGAUCUUCCCGUCUGGUCCGUAGAAAAGCCAGGCUUCCAAAGCACUGUUGAACACUGAGAUUCUAUUGUUAAAGUGGCUGUUCGAUGAGUUGUAUUUUAAAUAUCAAAGAUUAUUGAAUAAAGAUAAUGUUUGCUUUUUUA